AUGUCGGACGCGGAAAGGAAAGAAUUGGGCCUCCCGAAACGCCCUGCAAGGGUGGCCCACAAUCGGUUUAACUCUGACAAUACUAUUUUCGAGCUUUACUUCUCUAAAAAGCCCCAAGCAGAAAAUGAGAAGACAGCUGCUCUGGAAGAUGAUCUUGAGGCCCAGGCUUCUAAGCCGAAGCGCAAGGCUUUUUCCCAUUUGAGAUACAACGUCUUGACAGUCUAUCGACGUCUGUUCGGUCUUGUUUUCUUCGCCAAUCUGGCUGUGUUCCUUUGGGUUAUGAUCUCAAAUCGCCAGUUACUGGCACUUGUCGAUGCGACGGCUGUGAAUCUGGUGGCUUGCGGUCUGGCACGACACCCAAUGGUCGUCAAUGCCAUCUAUAGAAUUGUGUGUUCAGUUCCUAGAUCUUGGCCCCUUUGGAUCCGCCGCAGAGCUGCAAAUGCUGCCCACUACGGAGGUGUUCACAGCGGCUGUGGAACGGCAUCUCUAAUAUGGUAUAUUGGAUUCGUUGCGGUGGUGUCAGAAACCUACUGGACAUCUUCGCCCAUUAGUCCCGCCUCGGAUCACGGUUUUUCGGCUGCGCCGAUCGCUGUCUCAUAUAUCAUCCUUGCUUUAUUAGCGGUGAUGGUCAUUGUGGCAUACCCCACAUUUCGCAUGAAGAUGCACGACUAUUUCGAGCUCACUCACCGGUUUGCCUCAUGGCUGGUCCUGGCUCUUUUCGUCGUUCUGGUGAUGAUCUUUGUCCACGAAGUUAGCAGAGCAGAGCUGGACUCAUUCGGCCACUUUUUGAUCACCCUUCCUGCUUUCUGGCUAUUGCUUGCAGCCAUCGUCGCUGUGGCCCAUCCAUGGAUUUUGCUGCGAAAGGUCAAGGUGCAGACUGAGCCACUUUCUACCCAUGCUACGCGUGUUCACUUUGAUCACACCCCAAUUGCGUUUGCCAAGGGUAUUCAAGUGACGAAACAUCCUCUUCGAGAUUGGCACAGUUUUGCUGGUUUCCCUGAUCCCGCAUCGUCUGAAAAUGUGGCCCAAUCCGAGAAGCCCCAGGAUCCUGAAAAGCCUCCUCAGGAGCCCGAAGAACCUCAGCAGCCCAAAAGGAUUGUGAAGCCCCACGGCCAUGGUCACCGUAGGAGCUGGUCAAUUGUGGUAUCCAAGGCCGGUGACUGGACCUCCGACACCAUCCAAAAUCCGCCAGCUUACCUCUGGAAGCGUGCUGUACUGAUGCGUGGUGUUGGCUAUGGUAUGCGUGUCUUCAACCGCAUCAUCAUUGUCACCACCGGAUCUGGAAUUGGACCGUGCCUCGGCUUCCUGGGUGAUGAGAAUCGACCUCUGAUCAAGGUUAUUUGGCAAACCCGAACCCCGGUCAGGACCUAUGGUCAGGGUGUCAUGGACCUUGUGCAUCAAAUGGGGCCCGAUCCCAUUAUUUUCGAUACCAGUCGUGAUGGUCGUGUUGACAUGCUUCCGACUGUACGCCAGCAGGUGACUGAAUUCGGCGCCGAGGCCGUCUUUGUGAUCAGUAACCCUGCAAUGACCAAAAAGGUUAUUUACGAGUUUGAAUCCCAGGGGAUUCCGGCCUAUGGGCCUAUUUUCGAUUCAUGA